UGCGCUGUGUCCCUGGGACACAGCGGAUCACCGAUCAACGGGAAGAGCCAAAGAUGUCGGCUCGGUCAUGUGAUCAGCUGUGUCCAAUCACAGCUGAUCAUAUCAUUACUCACAGGGGAUAUAUACACUGAUCAUCAGGGCACUGAUGAUCACUGUAGCCCCAGCAGUGCCACCUGUCAGUGCCCAUCAAUGCCACAUACCAGUGCCUACCAGUGCACAUCGAUGCCACAUAUCAGUGCCCAUCGGAGCUGCCUUUCAGUGCCGCCAAUCAGUGCCUGUCAGUGCUGCCUAGCAGUGCUGCAUAACAGUGCCAGUCAGUGCCAC